AUGUCUUCGUCUCAAACAGAGAAAGUAAACACAACCGCUACCACAGACAUGUCAUCUCAAACCGAGAAAGCAAACACCACAACUACCACAGACACAUCAUCUCAAACCGAGAUGCAAUCCCAAAUCAAGAACCUCAAGUCCAUCGAUUUCUUCGCCGAAGCAGGAGAAGUAGACGUCAAACCAGCUAACAUAAUCCACAUCCGAAUUCAGCAAACCCGCGGACCAACCAAGAUAACCAAGGAAGGCAAGUACAGACCCCACGUUAUCACAACACUCGAAGGACUUCCCGAAAGACUUGACAAGAAAAGGAUUGUUCAAUUCUUACAGAAGAGGUUAGGGUGUGCGGGAACAAUUGUGUCGGAUGUUCAUUGGGGUGAGGUGAUUCAGCUCCAGGGCGAUGAAAGGGAGAAGGUUGCGGAGUUUUUGAUUGCGGAUGAUGGGUGUCAGUUGAGUAAGGAUUUGAUUAUGGUUCAUGAUUAG